AUGACCCCACCGUCACAGGACCCCACCGUCACAGGACCCCACAGGACCCCACCGUCACAGGACCCCACCGUCACAGGACCCCACCGUCACAGGACCCCACAGGACCCCACCGUCACAGGACCCCACCGUCACAGGACCCCACCGUCACAGGACCCCACAGGACCACACCGUCACAGGACCACACCGUCACAGGACCCCACCGUCACAGGACCACAACGUCACAGGACCCCCACCGUCACAGGACCACACCGUCACAGGACCCCCACCGUCACAGGACCCCCACCGUCACAGGACCCCACCGUCACAGGACCCCACCGUCACAGGACCCCACCGUCACAGGACCCCACCGUCACAGGACCCCACAGGACCACACCGUCACAGGACCCCACCGUCACAGGACCACACCGUCACAGGACCCCACCGUCACAGGACCCCCACCGUCACAGGACCACACCGUCACAGGACCCCACCGUCACAGGACCCCACCGUCACAGGACCCCACCGUCACAGGACCCCACCGUCACAGAACCCCACAGGACCCCACCGUCACAUGACCCCACCUUCACAGGACCACACCGUCACAGGACCACACCGUCACAGGACCCCACCUUCACAGGACCCCACCGUCACAGGACCACACCGUCACAGGACCACACCGUCACAGGACCCCCACCGUCACAGGACCCCACCGUCACAGGACCCCACAGGACCCCACCGUCACAGGACCCCACCGUCACAGCACCCCACAGGACCCCACCGUCACAGCACCCCACCAUCACAGGACCCCACCUUCACAGGACCCCACCGUCACAGGACCCCACAGGACCCCACCUUCACAGGACCCCACCGUCACAGGACCCCACCGUCACAGGACCCCACAGGACCCCACCGUCACAGGACCCCACCGUCACAGGACCCCACAGGACCCCACCGUCACAGGACCCCACCGUCAAAGGACCCCACCGUCACAGGACCCCACAGGACCCCACAGGACCCCACCAUCACAUGACCCCACCGUCACAGGACCCCACAGGACCCCACAGGACCCCACCGUCACAGGACCCCACCGUCACAGGACCACACCGUCACAGGACCCCACCGUCACAGGACCCCACCGUCACAGGACCCCACCGUCACAGGACCCCACAGGACCACACUGUCACAGGACCCCACCGUCACAGGACCCCACCGUCACAGGACCCCACCGUCACAGGACCCCACAGGACCCCACCAUCACAGGACCACACCGUCACAGGACCCCCACCGUCACAGGACCCCACCGUCACAGGACCCCACCGUCACAGGACCCCACCGUCACAGGACCCCACUGGACCCCACCGUCACAGGACCCCACCGUCACAGGACCCCACCGUCACAGGACCCCACAGGACCCCACCGUCAGAGGACCACACCGUCACAGGACCCCCACCGUCACAGGACCCCACCGUCACAGGACCCCACCGUCACAGGACCACACCGUCACAGGACCCCACCGUCACAGGACCCCACCGUCACAGAACCCCACAGGACCCCACCGUCACAGAACCCCACAGGACCCCACCGUCACAUGACCCCACCUUCACAGGACCACACCGUCACAGGACCCCACUUUCACAGGACCCCCACCGUCACAGGACCCCCACCGUCACAGGACCCCCACCGUCACAGGACCCCCACCGUCACAGGACCCCACCGUCACAGGACCCCACCGUCACAGGAACCCACAGGACCCCACCGUCACAGGACCCCACCGUCACAGCACCCCACCAUCACAGGACCCCACAGGACCCCACCUUCACAGGACCCCACCGUCACAGGACCCCACAGGACCCCACCGUCACAGGACCCCACCGUCACAGGACCCCACCGUCACAGGACCCCACUGUCACAGGACCCCACAGGACCCCACCGUCACAUGACCCCACCGUCACAGGACCCCACCGUCACAGGACCCCACCGUCACAGGACCCCACAGGACCCCACCGUCACAGGACCCCACCGUCACAGGACCCCACAGGACCCCACCGUCACAGGACACCACCGUCACAGGACCCCACCGUCACAGGACCCCACCGUCACGUGACCCCACCGUCACAGGACCCCACAGGACCCCACAGGACCCCACCGUCACAGGACCCCAUCGUCACAGGACCCCACCGUCACAGGACCCCACCGUCACAGGACCCCACCGUCACAGGACCAGACCGUCACAGGACCACACCGUCACUCAUUUAG